CCUAUAUAACGGAAUAUAUCUAGGCAUUCAUGGACAGCUUUUCUAACCACCCAUGCUCAUUGGGAGAACCGUGUCCAACCCAUGCAUACAGAAGAAAGAAGCAAUCAUUAAGUACCCAGCUAUUUUAACGAAAGACACGUUGCAGUUCUAAACAAACAAAAGACUGCGAAGGUUAUUUAACCAUCCUCGAAACAGAAACAUUGCCAGAGCAAGGGCAGAGUCCAUUGAAGAAGGAAUGUGUUUUUUUUUUAUCUAUCAAUAGUAGAUAUACAGCAGUGCAGAGGAAGUGAGAGAGAGACCGAGGAGGAGAGUGCGAGAGAGAGAGAGCGAUAUUGACUGUUUCUGCUGAGCACAUCAUCAUCAUCAUCUGGGAGGACAGAGGCACUGAAGACCAUAUCUGCAGUACACACGCUGCUCCACAGCAGGAGCGUCAUUUCUUUUUGGAAACCUUUACUAACCUAAACAUCAAACCAUUUUUUAGAGCCAACUGUCAGUUCUAGCUCUUCUUAGUUUGCGUAUUUAAAAAAUAACAGUACUGUAUAUCGAGAAUGGGGAAGAAAUUGGGUAAAGGAUGCGACUUCAAAAGCUUUAUGAAGAAGAAUUGGCUGUUAAUUUCGACUGUGGUUGCAGUGGUUUUAGGAAUUGGAUUGGGACUUCUCGUACGGGAGUAUGCAAGCCUUUCAACUCUGGAUAAGAUCUAUUUUGCAUUUUUGGGUGAGGUUUUAAUGCGGAUGCUAAAGUUGGUCAUUUUGCCUUUAAUCGUAUCCAGCAUGAUCACAGGUGUUGCUGCUUUGGAUCCAGGCUCCUCUGGCAAAAUCGGCCUCCGUGCUAUAGUGUACUAUUUGUCAACAACCAUUAUCGCAGUAAUUCUAGGAAUUGUGCUGGUUAUGGUUAUAAAGCCUGGAAUUUCUCAAAAUGCUAAUGACAUAGAUCGAACAGGUAACACACCAGAUGUCACCACUGCUGACGCCAUGUUGGAUUUGAUAAGAAAUAUGUUUCCAGAAAAUCUUGUCCAGGCCUGUUUCCAGCAGUAUAAAACAAAACGUGUAGAAGUGGUACCAGAGAGUAAACCAGGAAAUAAUACAACUGCCACUCCUACUGUUACUGCUCUGAUGACAACCCUUUCACCAAUGAACAGAAGCAAGGAGUACACAAUACAGGGUGCUUACUCAGAUGGUAUCAAUGUGUUGGGUCUGGUUGUCUUUUGUCUGGUCUUUGGAGUUGUGAUUGGCCAAAUGGGAGAGAAAGGACAGAUCCUGAUGGAAUUUUUUGACGCUCUGAAUGAAGCCACCAUGAGAAUAGUGAAGAUAAUCAUGUGCUACAUGCCUUUUGGUAUAACAUUCUUAAUAGCAGGGAAGAUAAUAGAAGUUGAAGACUGGGAACUCUUCAAAAAACUAGGACUUUACAUGGCCACAGUGUUAACAGGACUGGCAAUCCAUGGCAUCAUAAUUCUGCCACUGAUUUAUUUCAUUAUUGUGAGAAAAAAUCCUUUCACCUAUGUCAUUGGAAUGGCUGAAGCUCUGCUAACAGCUCUUAUGAUCUCAUCCAGCUCUGCUACUUUACCUGUGACCUUCAAAUGUGCAGAAGAAAACAAUAGAGUAGACAAGAGAAUUACCAGAUUUGUUUUACCAGUUGGAGCGACAAUUAACAUGGAUGGGACUGCACUCUAUGAAGCAGUGGCAGCCAUAUUUAUUGCACAGCUAAAUGACUACCCACUGGAUGUUGGACAGAUAAUUACUAUUAGUGUAACAUCGACAGCGGCAAGUAUUGGAGCUGCAGGUGUUCCUCAAGCAGGCUUAGUUACUAUGGUGAUUGUGCUAACUGCAGUUGGGUUACCUGCUGAUGAUGUCACACUUAUUUUGGCAGUGGAUUGGCUUCUUGAUAGAUUCAGGACAAUGGUAAAUGUCCUUGGAGACGGAGUUGGAGCAGGAGUUGUUGAAAGCCUUUCCAAAAAAGAGCUGCAACAGAUGGACCUCAGUGCAGAAGAAAAUAUAGUCAAUCCUUUUGCCCUGGAAUGCAAAUUAUCAGACACUGAAGACCAAGAAUCAAAGAAAUCCUACAUCAAUGGUGGCUUCGCUGUGGAUAAGACAGACUCCAUUUCUUACACACAAACAUCACAGUUUUAACCUACUACUCAUGAAAUUGUGGGGACAGUAUUUGUUACAGGUUCCUAAAUCCCAACAUUUAAUUGAAAAAUGUGACUUUGUAACCUAGAAACAGUGCUAACUCAAAUAAUACCCAAAUGGCAUUGUUUAUUUUACCUUGGGGUAAGACACCAACAAUACUUGUAUUUAUUGCAAUUUAAAGUACACAAUAUGAGACCCCAUGUGAAAGUAAGACAAUAUGAAGAGUUCAGUGAUUUUCUCCUAGUACAUUUCUCGUUUUAAUUGUAAAGUCUGGAUACAGAUAUUUGCAAAUAUAGUAUUAAGGUGAUUCUUUUUACUGUAAAUAGAUAUAAAAUGUGUAGAUAUAAUGACAGUUUGAAAUGUGCAUGUUUAUAAGCCAGCUGUUGCCAGUGAGGCCUCAUGCAAAACUUAGUCUUUUUAAAUUGUCAGUUCUUUUUCUAAAUGCCAUUGUUCUUAUUUUAUACCAUAGUAACAAUAGUCAUGAACAUGACUUAAAUGUGGAUCCCUUGUUCAGCGUGAGUGAUCUGCUCUUCAAUUGUUAUCAGCAAACGUUAUAAAAUAAUGCAUGACAUUUGUCACCAUAUGUGGCAAGCAGAAAAAAAGUAGCUUUGCAGCCUGCUUAUGAUAUGGCAUGCUGGUAAUCAGCAUUUGAUACUAAUGGAAUGAAAAGAAAAUUGCAAGGUAUUAUACCCUCUAGGCUGGAUAAGAAAAUAUUCAAGUUGAUUAUUUCAUAAGUAAAAGUGCCAUAUAGUUUCACAAUGGUAGAUGUCAUGCUAUGAGCAGUUCAACACCUUAACAUGUGCCAUCAGCAAAACAAGCUCUUUGUCUCUUACUGUUUUCCACUCCUGACCUUAAGAACAUACAUACAAACAUAUGUUUACAGCGUGUUCAAGUUUUUAGCUGGCUGAUUCCAAAGUCAGCUGAUUUGCUUUGCCUUUGCUUUGAAACAUUGUGACCUUGAAAAUAUCAGAAAGAAUGUAGGGUAUGUGGGGUAAAAAUUCUGAUGUGGGGAGGUAGAGAACCUCUGCUCUCAGAAAGGAUUUUGUCAAAUGACUUGGAUAUUCAUCAGUGUCAAGUAAAAUGGUCUAUAUAUAGCCAUUCAUAAGUGCCAUUCUUUCCUGAUUACGUAUCAGGACAAUUGUGCCAAUUAAUUCACUGUUUUGUAAUCACUAUGAACUCCAUGAUUUGUUGAAGCAUAUAUUCACCAGCACAUGUUCAAUUUGCUCAGGAUUUUUAGCUCAUACUGUGAUAUCUUUAAAUCAGUGAGAUGCCAAGAUCAUGUUUUUUCUCCAGGAUCUGCUGCCCUGUGAUUUAUUUCCUGAACCCAUUCAUUUUACCAGGUUAUUUGAUAUGUAGCAUUUUUCUGACAAAACCUCCUUUGCUUGCACAUUUCGUUGUGAUAAGGAUGUGGACUGACCUAUUUACUUAGACAUGCAUACAACAUGAAGUUUUCUUUCGUAUUAUAACUUUUAAAUGCGCCAUAUUCAGGUCUGGCAACAACAACAACUCUUUGCAGAAUAGUUCUCUUAAAUAAUAUAUUGACUCCCCUUUGCAUGACUUUGCUUUAAAUGUGACUGAUUUUGACUGAUGUACGUUCUGGUAUCAGGCACAUUAGAAGCCUUACAUCGGUGACGAUAUUUUUACCCAAAUGUAAAAAGAAAAGAAAAAUGACCUUGUAUAUGAUUAAAGCAGAACUAGAAUUACUUUCUGUGCACUGGAACAAAACCUAUAUUUGAACUGACACCCCAUGGUGAACAGAUGCUUUGUAACAGUUCAUUUGAAUAAUGUAUUAAUGAUUAUACUGACAGUCACAAGAAAGUCUAUGGCUUUAAUCCAAGAAGCAGCAAGCACUCGAAGCAAAAAUACAAUUCUGUAUGCUAAAAAAAAUAUUUAAAGAAUAACUGGAAACAAAUGGAAAAAGUCUCAAGAGACUCAGCUUGCUAAGCUCCAUACAGGGAAGAUGUUUAGACCUGAGCACUAAACAAAAACACUGAACAGCAUCAUAGUUGAGUAAUUGAGGUAUCCAGUUACUCAGUGAGGGGCAAGUUCCACCUUUUCCGUGUUUAUUAAGGUUUUUUUUUUUUUUUGAGAGCUAUGCUAGCACAUGGGCUAGAUUAAAUUAUUUAUGCAUAGUGCAUUUACCUGUACCUUUGUGGCCUUAUGCAUGGCAGAAAUGGCUCCAAAAAGGACCAAUUCACUUACCUGGUUAAUAAAUAAGUUAAAGCACACGCAAACACACACACACACACACACACACACACACACACACACACACACACACACAGACACGGGUAUUGUGGAAGACUACUGCAGCAGUAUUUACAAAAGUGUUUUUUAAACACCAAUAUCAGACAUCUACCUGUCUUGAUUUUUCAGGAGUUACAUGUCCCCUUGGCAUGAAGUAAUGUUACUUUUGUGCUGGUUCUUCUCUGAUGUUCUGUAGUGCAUAUCUCUUAUAAAAUCACAUUGCCUCUCUUUCAGCUGUCUUACUGCUUUGGAAAUGUCAGUGGCUUAACUGCAUUUUCUGUUAAUGACUAGUUUGCCUGUCAGUUGGCUGACUUCUCGAUGAUAUGUGCUUUUACAUUUUUUUCUGAUUUAUUUAUUUGUUGAGGUAAGUGGACGGGUCACAAAGAUUGUAUGAUCCAGUUUUCCUCAAGAAGGCAGAAAUGAUCAAAGUAGUAGAGCUUGCAGAGAAAGUGGCUUGGAUGCCCUGCUUGUAGAAAUGAAUGCGUAACAUUGUUCUUGUGCAGCAAAACACAAAGAUGUACAAAUUUUGGGGAGGAUGUGAUAAAUUAGCAUGCUUUGUUUAUGCAAAUGUAUUUUAUGGGGGUUAGCAAAAUAUAGACUGGACAUCACAGCUGAUCUAAUCAGAAGAUGUUUCCUCUGCUUGGGUAGUUGAGUUCAGUUAGUUCGUUCAACUGCUUGAGCUGAUUGAUCGUUUUCAUUUUGGCAUCAAACCUAAAGAUUGUUUUGUAAAUGUGGAAACUUAAAGUAGAUUAAGUGCUUAGUUAUAGACCUCCUGAAUGACCUGUUCACUGAGUUUACCAAACGGGAGAGUGGUUCGAGGGGAAGAAACUUUUUUUAGAGGGCUACCAUAAAGCUGGUUUAACACUUACAUCUACUCAUUUUACAACAGACUGAUUAUAUCAUCUGUUGAAGCUUCUUAGCUCCUUUUUCAUGGGACUUCUUUAUUAACUGUCAGAUAAGUUUCUGAUUCUGCUUUUUCAUUAGAAAGCCAAAAAAUCAUCUUUUUCCUCCACUUCAUCUGAGGAAGAAUUUUAUAUAGUCGGGACUGAAUAAUCCCUGGAUUUGUAAAGCCAUUUUAACGAUCAGCAGCCCCAUUUUUCCAAGUCCACAAUGAAUACAUUUCCUUAACUUAAUGAGAGAAUUGUCAAACUAGGAUUACAAUGUGUCAGAACAAAUAAAGUGAUAUAGUUUCUUAAAGGCCUCCACCAUCUCUGGGCUUUGACUAAUGCUCUUCUAGUCAGUUUGUUUUAAAAUAUCGAAAAGGUUUCCUAGAAGGCAACAUAAUGGUAUCUUUCAGGUGGAUGGAAAGCAGGCAGGCUUUCCAAAGCACCAUCUGGUGAGAAGUAACAAUUGAAAAUCCUCAAAGGAGACCCUACACUAAUUUCCACAGUCAUACAGAAAAGCCGCUAUCAAUGCACUUCUAUUUUUGUGAUAAUAAAUCCAAGGGUGGUAUAUUUGAGCAAAGGAUUUAGAUAUCUUGAAAUCUGAUAUAUUAGUUUGUUAACUAUUUAAACUGUAUAUUCAAUAUCAAGUUAUGAUUGAUUAUGAUCAGAUGAUAAGGACAUGACAUUUACAUUAGUUACAACCACUGUCAGAAUGGCCAGUAAUUGUAUAAGAUAUGUCUUAUGAUGCAGUUAUUGUAUCUGUACUCCAGCAGUAAUGGCUGUAACCACUAGAAGAUAUGCAUGAAUAAGGACCAAGUCUUUCCUUUAUCAUAUGAAGGAAGAAAGAACUGGUUGAACAUAUGCCCAUUAACAGUGAGCCACUCUUUGGUUUAAUGAUGGAUGAUUCACUGGCAGAACAUAGAAGAAAGGGCAUAUUUCUAUAAUUACAGUGCCUUUUCAGGUUAGCAUUGUAGAGUAUGUGUGUCUGCCUCCUGGCUGGCAACUUCACUUUAUAAUUAACAUUGCUAACUUUCCUCACAGCACAGAAAACUCCUUUCCAAAUUACCUGUCCCUUUUGAUUAAUAGGAAUAAACAUUACCCUUUGCCCGUUACUGCUUCCAGGCUUGUUAGCCCACAACAAAACAGUUGGAAUGCACAUUUUUUUCUGGUUCAGUAGUCCAAGCAGGUUAGAAGUUUUGCAAUCUAAACAUAUGUUUUCCUUUUUAAAACAAAGCUACAUAGAUCACACAAACAUCUUUUCAAUGUAAUGUAAAGCAACUGUUGACAGGAAGCAGUGUGUGUGUGUGUGUGUGUGUGUGUGUGUGUGUGUGUGUGUGUGUGUGUGUGUGUGUGUGUGUGUGUGUGUGUGUGUGUGUGUGUGUGUGUGUGAUUGAAACAGCUUCAUUUUAAUACUAAUGGCUGCAUUAUUACUGAAAGAAUAAUUCUGUUUCUCACAUCUUUUUUUCAGAGUUUACAUUUUUGCUGUAUUUUUAUUGAAGGCUGCAUGCUUUAUAAAACAUUCUAAAUUUCCUGGAUGGCAAAUGACAUUAAGCAUCCCCACAUUUAAUAUCUAUUUAUUCUUUAUCAUUGAUUCAAAUCUGUUUCGUUCUUUCUAUUAUCUUAUCUGUCAAGUCUCUCAGUGCUGCUAGCUUAUUAAUUUCUUAACAGCUCGCAAUUCACCUUUGACCUCCAUCAGUAACAACAACAUGGUAGAUAGUAUCCUUCAAAGCAACUCAUUUAGAAUUAGAAUUCUUGUGGUACUCAACAUCCCUUCAAAUGCCAAGCUGAAGGAACUGUUUAAAUCAAAGUUAUGUCUAAUAUGAUUCCACUUAACCCAUAUAUCACCAUAUUUCCUUAUCGCCCAGUCUAUUAUAUCCUAGUGUUUCUGUCUUCCUACAGCCUCAAACUCUAUUCCCAUGGACACGCGUAUUACUAUAACCAGUAGGCAAAAGAAAGUUGGUCCACAUGUUUUAAUUAUUAUAACUCAGCAAGUAUUUUAAGGCCUUGUGGCUUGGGUAAACACAUACCUUUUCUGACAUAAUUUGACCACAAAAAGAUUCUCUCAAACUUUUCCUUGCUGUUCCUCAUUAAACAAGUCAAGUAUUUCCAUUUUGCAUAUUUUCAUAUGCAGUAAGAUUUUAAUAUGAAUUGCACCAUAAUAUAAAUAUUAAUCUGGUACACCCAGUUUACCCAUUUGAUUUUCAAAAACCAGGUUUCUCCAGGAUACUCUAGGUUUUCCACAGUUGCAAAUAAUAAAAUUUGUGUGUAUAAUUUUAAUGCAGAAUUGGUUGUGUAGCUUUAGUUACUUUAUCCUUUCCUCAUGACAAUGUAUAUGUUCACAAGUUCCUGUUAAAUAAAUUCAUAUUCCUGGACAAACCCAUGUCUGGUUUUAGUGGAAAUACAAUUGUAGCAAAACUUCAGGCUGUGAUUGCAGCUUUUUUGGGACAAGAAUACACCUAAGAUAUCAAUAAAGAAAAUGGUGGCCUCAGCCACAGUAGGAAACAGAGUUUACCAAUUCUUUGAGAAAUUACAUGGCUGAAGAAGGUGACAUGUUCAUCUAUGUUACGUCCAGUCCCAUUUCAUUUAGAUUCUUCCUGAAUUAAUAUUAAUUCAAGUUUACUUUCUUCUGGCAUUUUGUAUAGAUGCAGAAUAAUUUGGGAUCCUGGGGAAAAUGGGCGUACCUUUUUAACACUAUAUAGAUCCUUAUGUCUGCAUAACCAAUAUUGUUGGUGAUGGGAAUAAUUUUAAGCCUGCAUUAUCUCCAGAGUUGAUUAGAAAUUUAUUUUUCUGGACACAUUGUUUCAUUGAAGGCUUCUGACUAUAGUUCUUUUUCCUUUAAUGAGGACAUUGUGAUCAUGGCAAUAUCUCCAACUCGGGGAUAUACAAAGUGUUACUGAGUCUCUUUUAACACAACUAAAGCUUGAUCUUAAAUUCACCCACAUGCCUAGAGCAUUGUUCUCUGUCUUGCAUAUAGGUUGAGUGAAAAGGUGUCUACAACCUCUAUAAUAAAAAGCCAUCAUUCAAAGAUGCCCACUACAUCAUUAUAAAAAAAGAUUUAAAACUGGUAAGCAUCUCAAAUGUACCAUGAGGAAAUUAAGUCCCUCUAUGAACUUAGGAUUGCAACUAAUUCAAAAGACAGAUAUAAGGCCUUCUUUAGCUGUAUUAAAAAGACUAGAAGUAACCUACAGUUUUAUCUGAAAUGGCACCUCCUUCAAUGACUCCAAUGAUGUUCCUAAUAUUUUUAAGGACUAAUUCCCUUUCAACUUUAUUCAGCCUUCCCACCCUUCUCUCCCUCCAUUUCCCCUCACACUCCCUUCCUCAGAUCAAUUUGGGCCAUGUCCUUUUGGCACUUUCCAAAAUGUAAAAGACUACUUCCAUGGGUCCUGACUAUAUCCCUGGAUGUCUGCUAGAAAGUGUAAAGUCUAAUUUAGCAAACACCCUCCAUCAACCCUUCAAUCUAAGUCUCUCCAUUACUUAUGUCCCUGAGGAGUACAAAAUAGUAGUUGUAGUACCCAUAUAAAGGUAGUCCCUCGACAGUCCCUAGAAAUUUCAGGACUACUAGUCGCAUUCACAAUAUUUGCAAGGUUUUGGAAUGUAUUACAACUGCAUAACUAAACAAAGAUAUAGGUGAUGGUAUAUCCCCGGUGCACAUCAGUUUAGCUUUGUGAAAGGCAGAGUAUGUCUGUUCAACCUGGAUGAGUUCUUUGAAAGGGUUACAGAGGCCAUAGAUAAGGGCCAUACAGUCCACACUGCUUAUCUAGACUUUGCCAAUGCCUUUUACACUAUUCUCUAUGCUAGUAUUAUUGCCAGACUCUUCUAAUUCAACAUUAACCCAUAAAUAGUUUGCUGGAUUGGCAGUUGGCUGUCUGGCAGAACCUAUACCAUUAAGGUUAGGUGUAUUUGCUGUAGAUGGAAAUGUUUUAUUAAUGGGGUCCCACAAGGCUCUGUCCUGGGUCCCCUCCUGUGUGGUAUGUAUUUCUGUGAUAUAAAAAAAUGAUAUCAAGGGACUUUGGCUAACCAUGUUUGUUUAAGGUUAUAAGACGUGGUUGUUAUUAAAUCCCAUACUGAUACUCAAAUUCUGCAGGAAACCUGGACCAGAAAUGGUGUAUUACUCAUGGGCAUACCCUUAACACCAAGAUAUGCAGCAUAGUUUCCCCUCAUUUAAUAUAGCACAUCUAUCAUAUACAUAACAUUCCUCUUAACGUUUGCAUAGCCAUCAGGGACUUGGGUACAUAUGUUAAUAGCAGACUCUCCUUUGCAUAACAUGUCUGUGUGUUGAUUAGAAAAUGUUUCUACCUUGCACGGUUUAUCUUUUGUGGCAUCUACUCAAGAUCCAAAAAAAUUAUAAUCCCACUUUAUUCAUCCCUUAUUAGGCCUAUCAUUGAAGAUAAUGCACUCUUCAGCAUGUACCUCACCAAGCACUUAAAACAGUAUGAGAGACUUCAACCUUUCCUCACCAAAAAGAUCUCAGGUCUCAGUACCCUUAGAUACUCUGAUUAAAAGCUCUGUCCCUCUACUCAGUGACAUACAGACUCCUGAGCGAUGAUGUUUGCUUAACUUUCUGUGCUAUAAAUUAUCCAUCAUUAUUUGAACAACUUCACCUAAGAAGAACAAGUGGUAAAGUGAACACCUGUCCUAGAGUCCUAAACCUACAUACACCAUUACAUCAACAAGACCAGAUGGCAUGACAGAUAACAAAACCAUUGCAUACCCUGAUUCUGGAAGAGGACGCCUUUACCUGUCAAGCAGGCCACAUCCCUAGCAAGCAUUAAAAUCCAUCUGGAUCACUGAAUGGGUGAUCACAAAUUUUGACCAGGAAUAUGUGGAUAAAGUCUACUUAAUGAGGGGCACUGAUACUUUCCCAGUGGUACUAGGUGAUGUGGCUGACUUCCUUGAUGGUCUCUUUUAACAGUAAGCUUAAUAAGAGACAGUGAAGCUAUGAACCUUUGAAUCCAGGGACAAGUGUAUAUUGGAAAAGUCAUUAGGCUUUGAACCCUAGAAUUUCAGAGGAGGAAUAACUUAAAGUGCUGGUGUGGUAGGAUCUUAUACCCCCCCCCCCAGAAUCACUUUUGCUCACUUUAAAUAAAUGCACUUUUGUGAGAUUUUACCUUCAUUUUAUGCUUAUAGAUGGUUGGUGGGGCAGUUAACUGUUGAAAAUAUCAAAAGAAAAGAGCUUUUUUAAUGUAUAUCCUUUGAGAAUAUCAGGAUAACCAAACAAUGUAGUAUAGAAUAGACUCUGCUACGGCUAUGGCAGUUAGAUUUUUGUAUUCUACUUAUAAAGCACUUAAACUUUUUGAUUCUUGGCAUUUAUGAAAUGUGAAAUCAAUAAUUUUGUUUACCACUGGCUAUAGAUUGUCUAAUGCUAUUGCAGCACUUGUCUGUCAUCUCUUCAAAAUAACCAUGCUGAUGUUUCAAAAGAUGUACAUAGUUAUGUUAAAAACAAUUUAAAAAAUUACACUGGAAACUGAGGAACUUAAAAUGAAUUCUGAUCAAUUUUAAGUGUUGUUAGGACAAAUUUGUAAAUAAUUUUCUGUAUUCUUUGUUUUUUGUUUUUUUCAUUCAUCAUGUUUAAUUUGUUUUCUGUAGAUAAUAAAGUUUGUUUCAAAAAAGAAGAGAAAAAAAUCAGUACCUGUAUUUUCUGAUCUAGGUCCAGGCCUAUUAUUUACCCUUUGUCGAAGUCCGAUUUCUAGCCCUUCAUCAGCUUCUAUUAAGUCUUAGUCAUGGGGUCCUAUUCAAAAUGUCCUGCUUUUGAUCUCCAUUUUCUACAGCUGGAGAUGCAUUUUGCCUUUAUUCUGUUUUUUAAAGAUGGGAAAAUAUCACUUUGUUGCUUAUCAUCCACCCCAAAUCCAUUAUUCUGUGGCAUUGGACUGUUUUAACUCCAAACGCCACACUGUCUUACUCAUAUUUAUUCUACCUUGACCCUGUCCCUGCUCCUGCCUCAUACUGUUUUAACCCCCACCACCGCACUGUUCUAAUCAUAUUUACUAACCCUAAUCCUGUCCCUGCUCCUGCCUCAUACUGCUUUAACCCCACCACCGCACUGUUCUAAUCAUAUUUACUAACUCUAAUCCUGUCCCUGCUCCUGCCUCAUACUGUUUUAACCCCACCACCGCACUGUUCUAAUCAUAUUUACUAACUCUAAUCCUGUCCCUGCUCCGGCCUCAUACUGUUUUAACCCCCACCACCGCACUGUUCUAAUCAUAUUUACUAACUCUAAUCCUGUCCCUGCUCCUGCCUCAUACUGCUUUAACCCCCACCACCGCACUGUUCUAAUCAUAUUUACUAACUCUAAUCCUGUCCCUGCUCCUGCCUCAUACUGUUUUAACCCCACCACCGCACUGUUCUAAUCAUAUUUACUAACUCUAACCCUGUCCCUGCUCCUGCCUCAUACUGCUUUAACCCCACCACCGCACUGUUCUAAUCAUAUUUACUAACUCUAAUCCUGUCCCUGCUCCUGCAUCAUACUGUUUUAACCCCCACCACCGCACUGUUCUAAUCAUAUUUACUAACUCUAAUCCUGUCCCUGCUCCUGCCUCAUACUGUUUAACCCCCACCACCGCACUGUUGUAAUCAUAUUUACUAACCCUAAUCCUGUCCCUGCUCCUGCCUCAUACUGUUUUAACCCCCACCACCGCACUGUUCUAAUCAUAUUUACUAACCCUAAUCCUGUCCCUGCUCCUGCCUCAUACUGCUUUAACCCCCACCACCGCACUGUUGUAAUCAUAUUUACUAACCCUAAUCCUGUCCCUGCUCCUGCCUCAUACUGUUUUAACCCCCACCACCGCAAUGUUCUAAUCAUAUUUACUAACCCUAAUCCUGUCCCUGCUCCUGCCUCAUACUGCUUUAACCCCCACCACCGCACUGUUCUAAUCAUAUUUACUAACUCUAAUCCUGUCCCUGCUCCUGCCUCAUACUGUUUUAACCCCCACCACCGCACUGUUCUAAUCAUAUUUACUAACUCUAAUCCUGUCCCUGCUCCUGCCUCAUACUGUUUUAACCCCCACCACCGCACUGUUCUAAUCAUAUUUACUAACUCUAAUCCUGUCCCUGCUCCUGCCUCAUACUGUUUUAACCCCCACCACCGCACUGUUCUAAUCAUAUUUACUAACUCUAAUCCUGUCCCUGCUCCUGCCUCAUACUGUUUUAACCCCCACCACUGCACUGUUCUAAUCAUAUUUACUAACUCUAAUCCUGUCCCUGCUCCUGCCUCAUACUGUUUUAACCCCCACCACCGCACUGUUCUAAUCAUGUUUACUAACUCUAAUCCUGUCCCUGCUCCUGCCUCAUACUGUUUUAACCCCCACCACCGCACUGUUCUAAUCAUAUUUACUAACUCUAAUCCUGUCCCUGCUCCUGCCUCAUACUGUUUUAACCCCCACCACCGCACUGUUCUAAUCAUAUUUGCUAACCCUAAUCCUGUCCCUGCUCCUGCCUCAUACUGCUUUAACCCCCACUACCGCACUGUUCUAAUCAUAUUUACUAACUCUAAUCCUGUCCCUGCUCCUGCCUCAUACUGUUUUAACCCCCACCACCGCACUGUUCUAAUCAUAUUUACUAACUCUAAUCCUGUCCCUGCUCCUGCCUCAUACUGUUUUAACCCCCACCACCGCACUGUUCUAAUCAUAUUUACUAACUCUAAUCCUGUCCCUGCUCCUGCCUCAUACUGUUUUAACCCCCACCACCGCACUGUUGUAAUCAUAUUUACUAACCCUAAUCCUGUCCCAGCUCCUGCCUCAUACUGUUUUAACCCCCACCACCGCACUGUUCUAAUCAUAUUUACUAACUCUAAUCCUGUCCCUGCUCCUGCCUCAUACUGUUUUAAACCCACCACCGCACUGUUCUAAUCAUAUUUACUAACUCUAAUCCUGUCCCUGCUUCUGCCUCAUACUGUUUUAACCCCCACCACCGCACUGUUGUAAUCAUAUUUACUAACCCUAAUCCUGUCCCUGCUCCUGCCUCAUACUGUUUUAACCCCACCACCGCACUGUUCUAAUCAUAUUUACUAACUCUAAUCCUGUCCCUGCUCCUGCCUCAUACUGUUUUAACCCCCACCACCGCACUGUUCUAAUCAUAUUUACUAACUCUAAUCCUGUCCCUGCUCCUGCCUCAUACUGUUUUAACCCCACCACCGCACAGUUCUAAUCAUAUUUACUAACUCUAAUCCUGUCCCUGCUCCUGCCUCAUACUGUUUUAACCCCCACCACCGCACUGUUCUAAUCAUAUUUACUAACUCUAAUCCUGUCCCUGCUCCUGCCUCAUACUGUUUUAACCCCCACCACCGCACUGUUCUAAUCAUAUUUACUAACUCUAAUCCUGUCCCUGCUCCUGCCUCAUACUGUUUUAACCCCCACCACCGCACUGUUCUAAUCAUAUUUACUAACCCUAAUCCUGUCCCUACUCCUGCCUCAUACUGUUUUAACCCCCACCACCGCACUGUUCUAAUCAUAUUUACUAACCCUAAUCCUGUCCCUGCUCCUGCCUCAUACUGCUUUAACCCCCACCACCGCACUGUUGUAAUCAUAUUUACUAACCCUAAUCCUGUCCCUGCUCCUGCCUCAUGCUGUUUUAACCCCCACCACCGCACUGUUCUAAUCAUAUUUACUAACCCUAAUCCUGUCCCUGCUCCUGCCUCAUACUGCUUUAACCCCCACCACCGCACUGUUGUAAUCAUAUUUACUAACCCUAAUCCUGUCCCUGCUCCUGCCUCAUGCUGUUUUAAACCCCACUGCUACACUGUUUGUCUUACUGAUAUUUACUAACCCUUACCCUAACCAUGUUCCUGCCCUGGCCCUGCAUAUUAGCUUCACAAAAAAAAAAAAAAAAAAAAAUUUCCCUAACAGUACCAUUAUA